CCGAAAACCCCGGUGAUGGCCCAGCAAGGCCUGCAGUGCCGGGAGGCCCCCCUGGCCAGAACGCCAGGCUGCCCGCCGCCUAGGCUGGAAGAGCUCGGGAGUGGAGGGCGGCGGCGGUGCUGGCGCCCACAGGUUAGGUUCCGACGGCCAGUGUCCAGUCCUUUCCAAAACUCUGGUGCUCUUCAGGGCAAGAGGGAAUCUGAAGAAAGGGGCCUUCUCAAAGCUCCUAUUUGGUAUGGGAAGACAAGCAAAAACUGGCAUUUACAGUAUAAUAUAGCACUGCAUGGGAAGAAGGAGAGGGGACCAAGCCCUGAAGAGGCCAUACAGAAACUGAAGGAAACAGAGACGAUACUGAUCAAGAAACAGGAGUUUCUGGAACAGAAGAUCCAACAGGAGCUACAAACAGCCAAGAAGCAUGGGACCAAAAAUAAGAGAGCUGCCCUACAGGCUUUGCGGAGGAAGAAAAGAUUGGAACAGCAGCUAGCACAAACGGAUGGGACGUUAUCCACCCUGGAGUUUCAGCGUGAAGCCAUCGAGAAUGCCACCACCAAUGCUGAAGUGCUUCGCACCAUGGAGCUUGCUGCCCAAGGCAUGAAGAAAGCCUACCAGGACAUGGACAUUGACAAGGUGGACGAACUGAUGGCCGACAUCACAGAACAACAGGAGGUGGCCCAGCAGAUUUCUGAUGCCAUUUCUCGGCCUGUGGGCUUUGCAGACGAUGUGGAUGAGGAUGAACUGUUGGAGGAACUAGAGGAGCUGGAACAGGAGGAAUUGGCUCGGGAGUUGUUACAUGUGGGCGACAAGGAGGAAGAACCCCCAGUCAAACUGCCCAGUGUGCCCUCUGCACAUCUGCCCGCAGGGCCAGCUCCCAACGCGGAUGAAGAUAAAGAACUUCAGCAGUUGGCCGAGUGGGUAUCCUGACGAGUCGGCUUAUCUUCCUGAUGCUGCCUUCAUUGAUCUCUUUUCCUUAAGUGCCAAGUGCUGAGCUAAAGGAACAUAGCCUUUUGGGGAGGCCCUGCUGAGGGUGGUGGGAUAGCCAUGCCAGGGAAAAGUCUGUUGCCCUCCAGUCCCUGGCUCAACUCUGAAGAAGGAUCUUGGUGCGGGAGGAGCCUCUGGGCUCCCUUCUCUUUGAUAGCAGUUACAGUGCCCUCGUCUUCAAUAAAAUUGGGCAGC